AGAGGGAGACGGAGACGAGGGAUUUUUUUUCUUUCCCAAGAAAUUUCCAAAACCCCAAACCCUUGUUCCCUUCCCCGUCUCCGGUUGGCGCGGCGCGGGGCAAUGGCGGCGGAGGACAACCCGGGGUACGCCCUGCGCGCGACGCUGGCGGGCCACCGCCGCGCCGUGUCCGCCGUCAAGUUCUCCCCCGACGGCCGCCUCCUCGCGUCGGCCUCCGCCGACAAGCUCCUCCGCGUCUGGAGCACCUCCGACCUCGCCAGCCCCGUCGCCGAGCUCGCGGGCCACGGCGAGGGCGUCUCCGACCUCGCCUUCUCCCCCGACGGCCGCCUCAUCGCCUCCGCCUCCGACGACCGCACCGUCCGCAUCUGGGACCUCGGCGACGGCGGCGGCGGCGGCGGCGGCGGCGAGCCCCGCCUCAUGAAGACGCUCUCCGGCCACACCAACUACGCCUUCUGCCUCGCCUUCAGCCCCCACGGCAACAUGCUCGCCUCGGGCUCCUUCGACGAGACCGUCCGCGUCUGGGAGGUCAGGUCCGGGAGGUGCCUCCGCGUGCUCCCUGCGCACUCCGAGCCCGUCACCUCCGUCGACUUCAACCGCGACGGCGCCAUGAUCGUCUCCGGGAGCUACGACGGCCUCUGCCGCAUUUGGGACUCCGCCACCGGCCACUGCAUCAAGACCCUCAUCGACGACGAGAGCCCGCCGGUCUCCUUCGCCAAGUUCUCGCCCAAUGGGAAGUUCGUGCUUGCCGCCACUCUUGAUAGCAAGCUGAGGCUCUGGAAUUUCUCAGCUGGGAAAUUUCUUAAGACAUAUACUGGCCAUGUGAACACAAAAUACUGCAUUCCAGCAGCAUUUUCAAUCACCAAUGGCAAGUAUAUUGUCAGUGGCUCGGAGGACAAGUGUGUCUACAUAUGGGAUCUUCAGUCAAGAAAGAUUUUGCAGAAAUUGGAAGGUCAUACUGACACAGUCAUUGCAGUGUCAUGCCACCCCAAUGAAAACAUGAUUGCAUCGGGAGGACUUGACGGCGAUAAGACGGUGAAAGUAUGGGUCCAAAAGGAGGAAGAUCAGAUGGAAGUCUAAGUGAGUUCUUAUUGUCUCGACUGUCAUGUAACCUGACUGAUGAUGGUUGGUUGAAGGACUUCCUUCUACAUUGAUCUUGCCAUCUUACCAUGCUCAGACAUCAGUACAUCACGUAGCCCUCAGACAAAGCAACACUUCGUCCACUUCAUAUAAUGGUAGUAAAAAAGACAUAAAAAUAUGCUGCCUUCCUAUUACUAACUCGGUAAACUGUCUUGCCGUGUCUUCCUUUGCCAGCUUGCGGAUUAGCAGUGUCAUGAAUUCAGAUAAGCUGUGUAUGGUUGUUCCUGAACACCAACAGUGCUGCUUUCUUUUCUGUGCCAUUUCAUUGGGCACCUAGGAAUGAACGACUCGUCUCCAUUAUUUUUUGAGACAUUGAAGCAUGGAUUGGCCUUA